AUGAUUGAAUCUGAUUCUAUAACUACUGUACGGUCUUCUGAUGUUCAGACAAAUCGAACAAUCACAAGUGCUAUUUUGUUACAAGCUCAGAAAGAGACCCAUCGUAGUUUACAAUCAUUCACAGGUGACCUCACUCAAGAUGUUGAUGAGUACAUCGAACAAAUCGAAAAUAUAGGUUCAUUAACAAACGAACCAGGGGAAGUACUACAUAUUUUGUUAAAAGAAAAACUUAGUGGUCAAGCUGAACGAUGCACUUUAGACAGUCGAAAACAGGAAGCUCAUGAAUCAUUGAAUGAUUAUUAUGAUGUUGUUUGUCGAUUGUGUCGUCGCACUGAUUCUAAAAUGUCGAAACAAAUGAUAUUACAUUUUCUUCAAAAAGGUAUUAGAGAUGAAAUAAAAAUGAAUAUAACCAGAUUAAUGCUAACGGACAAUGAUCCUACACCAGAAACGUUUCUAAAAUUUGCAAUAAUUGAAGAACAUGUCGAAAAAAUUAAUCAAUCUUUGGAUACUAAUAAUACGUACUUUAAUCAACCUACUCAAUCUUAUAUGAUGAUAUCGGCUGUGAACUCUUCAUCAACAGCAAAGCUAUAUACAAAUCAUAUACCACCCUUAUCGAAACCGUAUCCAAUAAACCAAUCAACUGUAUAUGAUAAUUCUAAUUAUCAUCGACCUGUUCGUACCAACAAUACUUCGGAAAGUUAUGGGUUAAAGAAUCGAAUACACUCAUCUCAAGAACCUCAGGUAACAUCUUUAUCACCAUGGCUUAUCUGUGGUCUUAGGAAUCACCGUACUAUCGAAUGUUAUCAACGCCAACCUGAUGGCUGUUUUAAAUGUGGACAUAGAGGACACCGCGUAGUUGAUUGUCCACAGGUUUUCCUUUAGCGGAAUCAGCCGAUGGCACUGAUUCCGUCCAAUAUGAAAAGCCAUCAUUAUUUUCUUCAACCAAAUCAACUCCAAUUCCUGUUUAUAUUAAAGUUCAAAUAAAUAAUGUUUCUCAAUAUGCCAUAGUCGAUACGGGAUCAUGCACUACUAUAAUUCAUGAACAACUCCUGAAAAAAAUUCAUCAUAAAAAAUUUCUUUAAAAAAAAACAUAUCAAUCUGCUAGUUGUACAUCAGUCAACAUUAUAGGUGAAGUCGAGCUUGAAAUAAAAGUUAAUGGUCACAAAACCUUUAUUGUUGCUGAUGUUGCUUCAGACCUUAUCGCUAAUUUAUUGCUUGGUCAUGAUUGGCUAAAAAAUAACCAAGUUAUCAUUGAUCUCCAUCGUCAAUGUCAAUGUCUAACUCUUAACCAUUCAAACGGGCGUACAACUAAUACACCUAUUCUCGAUCUUACCGAAUUACAACAUCCAGUUUUGUUGCUUUCUCAGGUAACUAUAUCUCCAUAUAGUAAGCAAAUGAU